AUGAAGCCAGCCAAGCUAAAGCGGCAUCUGUUAACAAAACAUCCGGAAUACAUCAACAAACCAAAAGAGUUCUUUCACAGAAAAGGUGAGGAAUAUUUCUCUCAGCGAACAAGACUAACCAAGCUGGCAACUACAUCAGAGAGGGCGCAGAAAGCUUCUUAUUUGGUAGCCCAGCGUAUAGCUAAGUGUAAGAAGGCUCAUACCAUAGCAGAAGAGCUGAUCCUUCCAUCAGCAGUGGAUAUGUGCGAGGUUAUGAUCGGAACAGAGGCAGCUAACAAAUUGAAAACGGUACCACUCUCCAACGACACCGUAAGGCGAAGGAUUGAUGAUCUCUCUGAUGACAUCUUGUCACAACUUCUAGGUAGACUUCGCUGCAGUGGUCAAUAUUCUAUUCAGCUGGACGAGUCUACUGACAUAGCUAGUGCAGCUCAGCUCAUCGCUCUUGUCCGCUAUCCAUGGGGAGAAACAAUUUUAGAGGACUUUUUGUUCUGCAAAGCGGUCCCAGGUAGGGCAACAGGAGAGGAGAUAUUCAGGCUCCUGGAUGAAUUUAUUAAUGAAGCUGGGCUGAGCUGGGGUAAAUGUGUCGCCGUGUGCACAGAUGGAGCGGCAGUGAUGACUGGCCGAAAGAGUGGUGUUGUCGCUCGCAUAAAGGCUGUCAACCCAAAUGUCAAGUCUGUGCACUGUAUGCUUCAUCGGCAAGCGCUCGCCUCCAAAGCCAUUGAACCUGACUUGCACUUGGUGCUGAAUAAAGCUGUGGCUGCAGUUAAUUUUGUUAAGUCAAGGGCACUGCAGACACGUUUGUUUGGGCAACUUUGUCGGGAGAUGGACGCAGGCCACGACACACUGCUUUAUCAUUCCGAAGUGAGGUGGCUCUCUCGCGGAAAGGUACUUCAGCGGGUGUUUGAGUUACGCGCCGAAAUGUCGGAGUUUAUGCGAACGGAAAAGCCCGACAUCGCAGAGUUUUUCUCUGAUCCUGUGUACGUUGCUAAGUUGGCCUAUCUGGUGGAUGUUUUCAACGCCCUCAAUAGCCUUAACCUCUCCAUUCAAGGACGCUAUGCCUCCAUCCUUGAAGUAAGCGACAAACUCACCGCCUUCAUGAGGAAAGCAGAGCUGUGGCAAAGACGGCUACAAGAUGGAGUGACAGACAUGUUCCCGCAGCUCACAGAAUUUCUGCUCGCAAACAACCUGCCUGUGACUGUCGUGAAAGAGGUAGCCACCUCUCACCUCACUGCUCUCAGCAAGCACUUCACCUCAUAUUUCUCAGAUGUAAACACUGAUGCCUGGGACUGGGUGCGAGAUCCCUUUGCUCCAGCAGCUACAUACAGCCUUACAGGCAAAGCAGAGGAGGAGUUGGUGGACUUAUCUUGCGAUCGGACAUUGAAGGCCAGAUUCCAGCAGCAGCAGAUCGAUAGCCAUGAUGCCGUCAUCCGUUGUCUGAUCCAUUUCCUGGGAGAAUCAACAGAGGAACUCAUUAAAGACUACCAGCAGGAUGUGUCCCGGGAUGUCAUUGAACAAGACAUCAAAGACCAUGUGAUCAAGAUCCUUGUGCUGGGCAGUGCUGCAGAGGGUGCCCCCCCAACUGAUGUCAUCAUUGUGAUUGAUGGUACAGAGGUACCCUUAGGAGAAGUAAUCCAGGAACAAUUGAUCACAGAAUGA